AUGGCGGAUCACAAGAAGCAUGAGAGCUCUGGCUCAAUGAGUUCCAUGUUGGACAAGCUCAAGUUGAGCGAUGGCUUACACGAUGCAAAAGUUCAUCUCGUCCACCAAAAGCACAAGAUUGGUAAAUUAGCAAAUCUGUUCAACAAAAACCACAGACAUGAUGAAGAACAUGAGCAGCGGUGUGACGACAAGCGAACUUCCAUCGCCGAGCAGAACCGCUUCAAAUCUUAUUUCCCAAUGCGCGCUGGCAACCACGUCAAGUGGUAUGUAGAUGGCCGAGAUUACUUCUGGGCUGUGUCCAUUGCUCUCGAGCAAGCUAAAGAAUCCAUCUACAUCGCCGACUGGUGGCUGUCACCAGAGCUAUUCCUCCGCCGACCCCCAUACGCCGCGCAAGAAUACAGACUGGACAAAUUGAUCAAGAGAAAGGCAGAAGAGGGUGUCCAGAUUUAUGUUUGUGUCUAUAAGGAAGUUGAGCAGGCCUUGACUUGCAACUCGGCUCAUACCAAGCAUGCGCUGAGGAGGCUUUGCCCCAAGGGCUCUCCUGGUUAUGGAAAUAUCCAUGUUGGCCGUCAUCCCGAUCACAAUGUCUUUGAGAACUUUGGCGAUAUGACAUGGUACUGGGCACAUCACGAGAAGUUCAUUGUCAUCGACUACGAAAUAGCAUUCGUCGGAGGCCUAGAUCUAUGCUUCGGACGAUGGGAUAAUCACCAACACCCUCUGUCAGAUAUUCAUCCUACCAACGUUCAAGAUGAAAUCUGGCCAGGACAAGACUUUAAUAAUAACAGAGUCAUGGACUUCCAGAAUGUGUCUUCUUGGCAAGAUAACGAGCUAAGCAAAGCAGAUUAUGGUCGUAUGCCGUGGCAUGAUGUCGCAAUGUGUAUCCAAGCUGAGAAUUUUGUGUUGCGAUGGAAUUUCGUCAAACGUGACAAAUAUAAGAGAGACGAAAGAUUCGACUGGUUGGUGUUGGAGAACAGGGAGAAUGAAGAUGAGGACCUAAUUGGCGUACAACGUCCGAAGCACCCUGUCGGAGAAUACGUUAAGCAUCCUUAUACUCCUCUAAGCACUAAAAAUCUUGAGAACAGGGGCACAGUCAACUGCCAGCUCGUCCGAUCAAGCGCCGACUGGAGCAGCGGUAUCUUGACCGACCACUCCAUUCAGAACGCAUAUAUUGAGAUCAUUUCCAAGGCCCAGCACUACGUUUAUAUCGAGAACCAGUUCUUUAUCACUGCCACAGGCGAUCAACAAGCUCCGAUCAAGAAUACUAUUGGUCGCGCGAUUGUCGAUGCCGUUGUGAGGGCCGCAAAAGAGGGUCGCAAAUUCCGCGUCAUCGUGCUUAUUCCUGCUAUUCCUGGAUUUGCUGGGGAUCUCAGAGAGCAAGCUGCUACGGGCACGCGAGCUAUUAUGGAUUACCAGUACAAGUCUAUUUGCCGGGGUGAGCACUCUAUCUUUGGGCAAUGCCGCGCUGCGGGCGUAGACCCGGAGAAAUACAUUUUCUUCUUCAACUUGCGAUCUUACGAUCGUCUUAACAAGACUCCUGCUAUCAUCAAGGCUGAGAAGGAGACUGGUAUCAGCUACCAACAGGUGCAGCGUGCAGAAGCUGAGGAGAUCAUGGGUGAAGGUAUUCACGGCUCUUAUGACCCUGAGGAUAGUGAGGGCGAUGAACACAUGCGUGGCGACAAAAAGCAGAAGGAGCUUGAUGAGGAUAUUAAGAAAACCAUGGAGGCACGAAAGAAGUUUGAGGCUGCGAUGCCCAAGGAGGAAGUUCACACAACUUCUUCUGUUGCACACCAUGCUAUGGCUGGUACUGGCGAAGGCUUAAAGGGCGAGUCUUGGUUUGAGGAGGAUCCUGAGUCAGAGAUCAAGAACUGGAUUCAGGAGGAGCUUUACAUCCACGGUAAAUUGCUGCUGGUCGAUGACAGAAUUGCCAUUUGCGGAAGCAGUAACCUUAACGAUCGAAGUCAAUUGGGUGACCACGACAGUGAGCUCAGUGUUGUCAUGGAGGACACACGCCUCAUCCCCAGUACCAUGGAUGGAAAGCCCUUCGAAGCAGGUUAUCACGCAGCAACUCUCCGUCGAUAUCUCUGGCGUGAGCACAUGGGUCUCUUACCCCCCCAACCCCACGAUGCUUCGCAGGACAUCAACGCCAUGCCCCCAAGCGUCAACCCCAACAAUGAUAUCUACGACCAAGAUGAGAGCUACAAGUUUGUUGAAGAUCCUCUCAGCGACGAACUCUGGGAGAAGUGGACGAGCCAGGCAGACAAGAACACCGAGCUAUUCCGCCACUUAUUCCACGCUGAUCCAGAUGACCAUAUCAGGACUUUCGAUGAUUAUGAUCGAUAUCUUCCUCCGCGCGGCGUCAAACCUGGUCAUAUCUUCGACCAGUUCAUGCCCCCCGAAGACGCCAGAGAGAAGCUGUCGCAAAUCAAGGGUCAUUUGGUUUGGUUCCCCUUGCGCUUCCUUGAAGAUGCUGAGAUGGCGGAGUGGGGAUUGCAGGUCAAUUCUGUGACUGAGUCUAUUUACACGUAA